CUUUUUAAAUGCCGAGUCCAUUGCCAAUUGCCACACUUCAAAACUUAAUUCUACUACUGCCCCCAUUUCUUUCUCUCAUUUUAUGGACAAAGGAGCAAGACUCUCCUUUGAUGCUGCUGAUGCAACUGCUACUGCUUGCUUCCAUCUCAAGCAAUCCCUUUUCGGUAUCGAACCUUUUGGAAAAUCCUAUAAAACCUUUGCCUGGAAACAAGCUUUCAUGGACCCUGUUGAUAAUCAACAUGUUUCUGAUCUGGUUCAAGAUGGGAAACGAGUAGUCAAUGAGAUGGACUUCUUCGCCAGGGAUCAUCGAUCUUCAAAAGAACAAGUUGAGGCUGAUGAUGUGAAGAUAGAAAGUGAACAUCAUGGAUUGGUGCAAGGGAAUAAUGAACCAGCAGCUGAUGUAAAUACUGGUUUAAAUCUUUUGACAACUAGUACUGCAAGUGAGAAACCAGUUUCUGAUGAUAGAACAUCACAGAAUCUGAAAGAGAAACAAAGAGCAAAUCAGUUAGCAGAUAUUCGAGCUGAAUUGGAACGAAUAAAUGCAGAAAAUCAACGUCUGAGAGUUACUCUUAAUCAGGUGAAUAGUAACUACUGUGCUUUACAGAUGCAUCUUGUUUCACUGAUGCAACGACAACAAAAUCAAAGUGCUGAAAGUUCAGAAGCUACUAAGUUGAAUAGACCAAUGGAAGAGAAAAGGCAUGGAGAAGCUAUUGUUGCAAGGCAAUUUAUGGAUCUGGGUCAAGCUGCAAAGGCUAAAAAUGAUGAGCUUUCAGAAUCUUCUUCAGAGGGUAGAUUCCAGGAGUUGUCAGGAUCGCCGGGGAACACCAUUGUUGAGUCUAUGGAAAGAAGACAAAAGAACAGUACUAGUAGAAAUGAAACAGUCCCAAGUGAUUCAAGCAGGAAAGAUUUAAUGGACCCAGGAAGAAAUCAGAGAGAAGAUACCCCUGAAGGCCGACCUCAUCCAGGAUGGUUCUCUAACAAAGUUCCCAAGUUCAAUAGCUCAAGGGAUGUUGAACAAGCACAAGAGACAAUGGCCAUGAUUAGAAAAGCUCGUGUCUCGGUUCGAGCUCGAUCUGAGGCGUCAAUGAUUUCUGAUGGUUGUCAAUGGAGAAAAUAUGGGCAGAAGAUAGCAAAAGGAAACCCUUGCCCUCGAGCCUACUACCGUUGCACCAUGGCUACUGGCUGUCCAGUUCGCAAACAAGUGCAAAGGUGUGCAGAUGAUCGAACUAUCCUUAUCACAACUUAUGAAGGAAACCAUAACCAUCCACUCCCACCAGCUGCCAUGGCAAUGGCAUCAACAACUUCAGCAGCAGCAUCGAUGCUACUUUCUGGAUCAAUGAAUAGCGCAGAUGGGAUAAUGAACUCGAAUAUCCUCCCAAAAGGAAUGUUCCCAGCUUGCUCACCAAAUUUGGUCACCCUUUCAGCUUCAGCUCCAUUUCCAACUGUUACAUUGGACCUCACUUACACCCCCAAUCAAAGGCCAUUGAACCAGGUUCAUCCAAAUUGGCCUCAUAACAUUUCAAGUUUGCCUCAUCUGCUUGGCCACCCCAUUUACAACCAACCAAAACUUUUAGGCCUUCUUAGCUCUCAGGGAAUUGAACAUAACCAUUUAGCUCAAAACCAAACGCGGGCACAUUCCAUGGCUGAUACUGCCGCCACAGCUGCCGCCAUCACAGCUGAUCCCAACUUCACUGCAGCUCUAAUGGCAGCCAUUACUUCCAUCAUCAGCAAUUCACAUCGAGACAACAGUGGUAAUAAUAAUAACGACAGCACAACUUCAAGGGACACUGAAGACAACAAUACUUAAGAAAAAAAAACAUUGUGUAAGAAAACUAAUGCCUUAAAUUUGCAGUUUGUAACUUUUUUUUCCUUAGAAAAUUAAGUGGUCGGGUUUUUUCAUAUCUUCUAGGGUUUUAUGUUACUACAUGUAUCUUGGUUCAUGCUAAGGCUGUCAAGAUUUAAU